AUGUAUCUUGUUAAUUUAAUUUUAGUAAAAUAGCUGGGCUUUAAUGUUAAUAUUUAUAGAUAUGCAAACAGCUUUUAAGAUAUCACUUUCAAUCUUAUUAGAGAGGGUAAAGCUAAGUUCUAAGAAUAAAAGAAUUAUGAAAUUAAUAAUUAUUUCAAUCAGUUUCAAAAUACUUUAAAUUACUUAAAAUAAGAAAUAGAUAUCAACUUUUUAUAAUCCAAAAAUACUAAAUGUAUUCUGUAUCCAAAAAAUAGUAGUUUGUUUCAAAAUUCUUAAGUAAGCUUAAUUACAAAGCCUUCUUAUAUAAAUGGUUAAGACAAUGAAAUUGUGGUAAAAUUAUCCUAGAUUAGAUUGGAUAAUAAUGAUGAUCAUAUAAGGGUAAUUGAAAUCUUGGAGAGUUUUUAGAAGGAUAUUAAUUUAUAUUACUUUGGUUAUUUUCAAUUUUUCUCACUAAAUAUUUCUUUUUAUAAAUAUUACAAGAAAACCUUUGAAUAAUUUUAACAGAAACUAAGAGCUGACUUUACUGAUGUUUAAUUAAUUAAACCCAUUGUUAAAAGGGCAUUUUUUAGCAUAAUCCAUUAAAUAAGGUUACUUCACGAUAAAUAUUCUAUUAUCCAUAGAGAUCUUAAGCCAUAAAAUAUUAUGAUUGAUUUAAAAAGAGAUUAAAAUGAAUGGCAAGAUUAUCAAGAUGUUAACUAUAUAAUCAUAGAUUUUGAUUGCUCAAUCUAGAUUGUAAAUCAUAAACAUUAGGUUUUUGAAACUUAUGGAGGAGGAACAGGCCAUUAUAUUCCUCCUGAACGCAGAGAUAAUCAAUAUAGCAAAUAAUCUGAUACAUAUUAAUUAGGAGUUAUCAUUUUGGAAACCCUGUUUGAACUUGAUUAAUCAAUUUAGAAUGACGACUUUUGGAAAAUGAAAAAUGAAUUAAUUAAAAAAAAGAGCAUAUUUAAUAUAACUGAAAAUCUUUAAAUAAAACUCAUUGAUAUGAUAGCUGAAUUACCCUAAGAUAGACCAAGUUUGGAAGUUAUUUAAUAAUUAUUAGAAUAGGAAUUUUGA